UUAUUUCCGACAGAUAUUCCUUUAAAGCUGUGGCUUGACUGCAAGACGUCCCAGAGGAUCCAGUCGAUGCACCAAUACAAAAAUACAUUUCGAGGGGACGUAAACAGUAUAUCACAACAGUAACGAACGAAGGAAAGAGAUACCGAUAACUGGGUGCUAAGAAGACAGCUGCUCCUCUUUUCCAAAAGGACGAGGCGCACAACGUCUUUGGAACAACUGCUGUUGCAUGCAGUCAUCUGCAGAGGUUACUGUAUGAAGCUUUUAAGGCCUUUUUGAAUGAUCGGCCACUCGAUGGGGAUUCACCGAGGAGCUCUCACCUGUGUCGCCUCCUGCCCUCCGCCCCGCCGCCUGCCCUCCCUCUUCUGCACCUGCUCCACACACAUCAUGAAACUGGUAUUAACUGAAUGGCAAUUGAUAUGGAUUUUUACUGAUUCCAGGAGACAGUGAAGCAACAAAAACACAAAAAGGGAGGAAAAGCCAUAUCUCAUUUUCACACGUCCUUCUUUACACCAAAUAAACCUGCCUGUGGGGUGCUGUUCUAGGCUGCCUGCACAGGCCCACCCUGAAAACAACACCUCUCUGGAAAACACGAGGAAUGUAUUGUACGCUUUGAGAGAUUCUUCUUCCUACCUGAUUACCUCGUUUGAGGACAUCGACGGCAGAGGGAGCUAUACUUUGAGGACCAGCUCACACCAGGCGCCACCAAGCCACUGGUGUAUGCAUACAGAUCCAUUUUUAAUAUAUUUUUUAUAUAUAUAUUGUUUUUCUCUGGAGCCUGAAGCGCUGUGCGUUUGGCUGUGUGCAUGCCGAAGAAGAAGAAAAUGGCUCCCCAGAACUCUGAGGCGGAUGCUAUGCAAGUGCAGGGGGUGAUGGUGGUCCCUACUGCUAAGAAAACCACCACAGGUUCUGCUGCCACAGGGGAUAGAGGAGGAGGAGGAGGUGGAGGAGGUGUGGUGCUGGAGUCAUGCCAGGAGGAGUCGGUGAGCGAGGGGUCUAUAGACCGGAUCCCCCUGCAGCAGUGGGUGAUGCACGGAGCCGUCAUGUUCGGACGAGAGUUCUGCUACGCCAUGGAAACGGCCUUGGUUACGCCUGUACUGCUGCAAAUAGGUCUUCCAGAACAGUAUUACAGUCUGACAUGGUUCCUGAGCCCCAUCCUGGGUCUGAUCUUCACACCUCUGAUUGGCUCAGCCAGUGAUCGCUGCACCCUGAAAUGGGGCCGGCGACGCCCUUUCAUCCUGGCCCUGUGUGUGGGGGUGUUGUUUGGAGUAGCACUCUUCCUCAACGGGUCACUCAUAGGUCUUGCCGUCGGCGACGUGCCAAAUAACCAGCCCAUAGGCAUUGUUCUGACGGUGCUCGGUGUAGUAGUGCUGGACUUCAGUGCAGACGCAACGGAGGGUCCCAUAAGGGCCUACCUACUAGACGUGGCAGACACUGAAGAACAAGACAUGGCCCUCAACAUCCACGCCUUCUCCUCUGGUUGUGGGGGAGCGGUGGGCUACGCGCUAGGCGGUCUGGACUGGACCCACACAUUCCUGGGCUCAAUCUUCAAGUCCCAGGAGCAGAUCCUCUUCUUCUUCGCCGCCAUCUUGUUCACUAUCUCUGUGGCGCUGCAUCUGUUCAGCAUCGAAGAGCAGCGGUACAGCCCCCAGCAGGACCGGCUGGACGAGGAGGCCGACGCCGCCUCUUCCACAGCCCACAAGGCCAACUGCUCCCUGGGGAAGCUUCAUGGCCACAACACCCCCCACAUGGAGCUCAUCGGAGAGGAGGACAUCUACGACCCUUGCGAUCGUUACGACCGUUAUGAGUUCUACAGGGAUGGUGAUGGGGAAGAGGAUGGGCGCUCAUUGCGCGACAUGGACAUGGACUUCCUGGAUGUGGAGAUGGUGAGGUCCAAGUCGGACUCAGUGCUGCAAAUGGCCGACGCCACACUGGAUCACCUGGACCACGACGCUCUGUCCCUGCUUCACAUUGAGCCCUCCAUUUUCGCUGACCGCCUAUCGUCCUACCACGGCUCUCCACCACGCCGCAGCAGCAGCACAGGCAGCCAGGACCUCCUCAAAACCUCCAAAAAGAUCUGCCGGCUGUCCCAGUUCCUGCAGGAGCAGGACCGCGACGGGGAAGAGGCGCUCCUCAACAACCAGCUCAACGAGCAGAAGACGCCAAACGGCCGAGCGCAUGCCAACGGCUUGGGCCAGGGCGGCAACGGGCAUGCCCACAUGGUCAUGAAGAACUCGGCCAGCACAAACGCUUCCAUGCGGCACCGCAGACACAUCUUCUACCGCCAGCCUUCCUGCACCUUCUCCUACUACGGCCGCGUGGGUUCCCACCGCUACCGCUACCGGAGAGCCAACGCCGCGCUGCUCAUCAAGCCCUCGCGCAGCUUGAACGACAUCUACGAGGUGCAGCGGAGACAGAAGAGGAAACAGCAGAACCCCAGAGCGCGCCACCAGUCAGGCAACACCAACUCCAGCGGGGAUACAGAGAGUGAGGAGGGGGAGACGGAGACCACGGUCAGGCUGCUGUGGCUGUCCAUGCUGAAGAUGCCUCCAGAGCUGAUGAGGCUCUGUGUCUGUCAUCUCCUCACCUGGUUCUCCAUCAUCGCUGAGGCCGUCUUCUACACUGACUUCAUGGGCCAGGUCAUCUACCACGGCGACCCCACGGCUCCCGCUAACUCCACGGAACUGCAGAACUACCACAAAGGAGUUCAGAUGGGCUGCUGGGGGCUGGUCAUCUAUGCCUUGACCGCUGCCUCCUGCUCAGCCUUACUGCAGAAGUACCUGGACAACUUUGACCUGAGCAUCAAGGUCAUCUACGUCCUGGGCACGCUGGGCUUCUCCAUCGGUACGGCCGUCAUGGCCAUCUUCCCCAACGUCUACGUCUCCAUGGUGAUGAUCAGCAGCAUGGGCAUCAUCUCCAUGAGCAUCUCAUACUGCCCUUAUGCCCUCCUGGGACAAUACCAUGAGAUGAAAGAGUACAUCCACCACAGCCCAGGGAACUCCAAGCGGGGCUUUGGCAUCGACUGUGCCAUCCUGUCAUGCCAGGUGUACAUCUCCCAGAUCCUGGUGGCAUCGGCGCUGGGCGCGGCGGUGGACGCCACGGGUAGCGUGCGGGUCAUCCCUAUGGUGGCGUCCGGUGGCUCCUUCCUGGGUUUCCUCACAGCCUGGUUCCUGGUCAUCUACCCGAGCCACGGCGAUGCGGAAGCCAAGGGUGAGCAGAAAGCUUUAACAGGGCCCUCCUCUGAUAACAGCAGCACAGAGAAACCCAGUGUUCUAAAACUGACCAAGAAAGGCGCCGCCACCACUACGUGUAAAGUGGAGUGCGAAUCCACUCUGUGAUGGGGGGGUUACUGUUACCAUAGCAAUGCAAACGACAUCAACAAACGA